GUCAACGCGCGUGCUCCGUGCGGGAUGCUGAAUUGUAGGUGAUGAUGGCGGAAGGGGAGCAGCGCUGAGUUUCAUCUGAGUUUUUACAGCCGCUGUAGAACCAUCUACAACAUCGUUUCUCUCCGUCGAGACCUUUCCCGAGGCGAUGGGGAACGAGGCCAGUAUGGAAGGGGAGGGACAGGCGGGACAGCCCGGCCCCGCCGUCCCUGCAGCAGGGGCUCCGGCUUCCAUUUCAGCACCACCGGACUCUGGACAGCUCAUCAAGCCGAGCAAUGGAGCGCCAGCCGGAGGAAGUGGGGCUGGACCCCGGCCGGGGAUUAACAGACCACCUCCGUCAGACCUGGGACCUAAAGCAGGAGUUGAGAGUGGUCAUGGGACAGGGGACAGGUUGGCCUCCCAUGACACCCAUCAACAAAAAGGAGAGCAGGGCCAGGGCCAUGUGGCCAGGAAGAGUCUGCAUGUGGAUGUGGGUAGCAACAGAACAGGAAGGUCCCCCUCCGUCUCCCCGGACCGAGGCAGUGUCCCCACAUCCCCUUACUCUGUGCCACAAAUUGCACCCAUGCCGAGCAGCAAACUGUGCCCCGUCUGUAAAACCACCGACCUGACGGGCACAGGGGAAGACAAGCCGAACUUCAACACCUGCACACAGUGCUGCUCCAUGGUGUGCAGCCAGUGUGGCUUCAACCCUAACCCUCAUCUCACAGAGGUUCAGGAGUGGCUGUGUCUGAAUUGUCAGAUGCAGAGAGCGUUGGGGAUGGACAUGACCACACCACGCUCCAAGAGUCAGCAACAGAUACACUCUCCUUCUCAUGCAGCCAAACCAGAACCUAAACCUGAUGCUUCGACUCAGCCUGCACCCCAGACACAACCCCUUCCUCAGACGCAGCCCCCUCCUCAGACGCAGCCUCCAGCUCAGGCCCAGCCUUCAGCACAGGUCCAUCCAGCACCUGGUCCUAACAAACAGACUGGUCCAGCUGGCCCAGGUCGGCAACAAAUAAAGCUCCCUCCAGGGGCAGUUGCUCUCCCAGGCAUGGCAAAGGCCCCGUCUCAGCCGGAUCUGUCCCGCAACUCUCCCGCCUACCAACCACAUCAACCCCACCAGGACCAGACUCGCAGUGCAGGGAGUUCCCCUUCACGGCAGCCCCCACCUCCAGAGCAGACUUUUGGGAAAUUGUUUGGCUUUGGUGCUUCUCUUCUUAACCAAGCCAGUACUCUCAUAUCUGAGACGACUCAACCCCAACAACAGCCCCCCAAAACGGCCCCCAAACCAGGAGGACCUCCUGGUGCUGGGCCUGGGGUGAGUAAACCCUCAGGACCUCAGCCGGCACUACAAGGGUCUCAAGCCCCUGCUCAGCAGCAACAACAGCGCGCUCCGCCAGACUCCUCUAAACCCAAAGCUUGCUGUCCUCUCUGCAAGACAAACCUUAACAUCUGCAACGUAGCAGAACCACCCAACUACAACACCUGCACACAGUGCCAUCACCAAGUGUGCAACAUGUGUGGAUUCAAUCCCACUCCACACCUAGUUGAGAAGAAAGAAUGGUUGUGCUUGAAUUGCCAGACGCAGAGGGCUCUGUCAGGAAGCUUGGGAGACAUUCCAGCUCCUGUUUCACAGCCCUUGGGAUCCCCCCGGCCACCCACUACAGCCAAUCAACAACAACCUCAGCAGAAAGGGCCAAAUCAACUUUUAGGGCCUAGGCCCACAGGUCAUCAACAACAACAGAAACCACUGGGUCCCCAAGUAAGUGGCCCUGUCUCUCCUGUGAAACAUGCUGGGCCUGCCCCUCAUACCAAGGGGCCCAGCCAAGUUUCCCCUCAAACUAAGGGUUCUGUCCAACCUAUUUCUCAACCUAAGGGUUCAGCUCAGCCUCCCUUCCAAACUAAGGGUCCAACACAGCUCUCAGCCCAGAGUAAGGUACCUCAAAUUAAAGGUCUUAAUCAAUCACCUGUGCAGAGUAAGGGCACUGUUCAGUCUGCUAAUCAAAUAAAGGGCCAGAGCCAGGUCAAAGGGCAGACUCAGACAAAGGGAUCUGCUCAGCCCUCUGCUCAGACGAAGGACACUUCUCAUCCUUCUGGUGCCAAGGCCACCCCUGGUAAAGCCACACCCAACCAUACCAAGACCUCUCCCACCCCAUCAAAAACAGCACCUACUCAGUCUAAACCCACAGGUAACAACCAGGCCCGCAAACAGCCGCAGAGCCAGGAGAAGACCAAAGUCACACCGAAAUCUCUAAAAGAAGACGGCAAGGCCUCUCCAAAGAAGGCAUUGUCAGAGACUGUCACUUCACCAAAAGACAUGAAGAUUUCUGAAGAUACACACAAGUCAAAACACCAUGAAGAUUACAACAAAUCAAGUACACAGAGUCUAAGUGACACUGGAUACUCCUCAGAUGGGAUCUCCAGCUCUCAUGGGGAGAUUACAGGACAGAUCCGGGAAGAAGGAAUCAAACUCAGUGAAAGAGGUGCUUCCGUGCCCUCAGAAAUCACCAAGCUGGAAAGCUCCAUGAAGCCUUUACUAGAGUCAAAGACGGCAUCAGACCAGAAGCACAGGCCACAUUCACUGUCUGUAGGACAGGGCCGAGACUACAACCCUGAUGAUGAUGCAGCAAGGGAUGAAUCAGAGGAUGAACUCAGUUGUAAGCUUCGCCAUGAUUAUGUGGAGGACAGCAGUGAAAGUGGUCUCUCACCAUUGCCUGUAAGACAGAAGAAGUCACAUAAAGAUGUAACAGAUGAGGAAUAUAUGAGGAGGCAAAUUAUUGAGAUGAGUGCAGAUGAAGAGGAGAUGGAAGAGCAUGGAACCCAGAAGACUAGAAGGGGAAAUAAAACCAGUGGGGAUUUGAGCAAAGAGAGACGGCGACUCUCUCAUCAUUCUAAUAGUUUUGAGGAUGACACCAAGGCAUCAGAGACAAAUGAAGAGGAAGACGUUGUAAUGGCUGGAGGCCUUCGGCGUUUUAAGACCAUUGAGCUGAAUAACACCAACAGCUACAACCGAGACAUGGAGCUAAGUACUGAGCAUGACCUACGAGAACCAGAGCUAGAGAUGGAAAGUCUGACUGGUUCUCCCGAGGAGCGGUCUAAGGGAGAAUAUUCAUCCACCUUACCUGCAACCACCCCCAGCUACACCUCUGGAACAUCCCCCACAUCUGUGUCAUCCAUGGAGGAUGACAGUGACAGCAGCCCUAGUCGUAGGGCAAGACUAGAGGAGGCAAAGCAGCAGAGGAAGGCUCGGCAUCGGUCCCAUGGUCCACUGCUCCCCACUAUCGAGGACUCAUCUGAGGAGGAUGAGCUCAGAGAGGAGGAAGAACUACUUAGAGAACAGGAGCAGAUGAGAGAUCUAGAGCAACAGAGGAUCCGGAGUACUGCUCGAAAAACAAAGAGGGAUAAAGAAGAGCUACGGGCACAGAGACGUCGGGAGAGAUCCAAAACACCCCCCAGUAAUCUCUCUCCUAUUGAGGAUGCAUCACCUACAGAAGAGCUGAGGCAGGCUGCAGAGAUGGAGGAGCUUCACAGAUCAUCAUGUUCUGAAUACUCACCAUCUAUGGACUCAGAGGCAGAGGGCUUUGAGAUGAUUGGUGGAAAGCUUUACAAAUCAGGAAAUGAAUAUAACCUUCCAACUUUCACAUCACUCUACUCCCCGACAGAAAAGACAUCAGCAACAUCACCAUCUGAUAAAACACUAAAAAGUGCAGAGGAGGUCUAUGAGGAGAUGAUGAAGAAAGCACAGCUAAUGCAGAGGCAAGGGCAUACAACUAAUCAGCAGAAAGGUGCCUCUCAGCCUGACAGUAAACAUCAUCUUGAAGCAGGAACUGUCCUAACCCCCGGCUCAAGCCCAACACAGGUUUCUGCACCUAUGUCCUUCUCCACAACAGGGAGUGAUCCAAGAAUUCCAGGAAUUCAUGCAGCACAGCAUCUAUCAAAAGAAACGCAAAACAGGAUAAUGUCACAGAGUGCCAAAAUUGAAGGUGUUGUUGGAGUUGCCACGACCAAAGCCCAAGUCAGUCAGGCUGCCACAAAUCGCCAGGCAGGUUGCACAGUGCCUGCUGGCAACAGAGCAGGCCCCCAGAAGCCAACACAGGCAUCAUCUGACCCUGGAGCAUCCUCCCUAACCUCCAAAGUCUUCUCCCUUUUCAAAAGUCCCAGCCCCUCGGCCUCCCCCAGUGCUUCUCCAGUACAAAGCCCAACACAUACGCCAUCCCUGAGACCCACUGGUGGUAGUGGCAGGCAGCUACCAUCUUUGCCUGGUGGUCCUACAUCAGCUGCAGCAUCCCAUGGAACGCAGGCCCCUCAAAGGGCAAUUUCGCCACGUCUUGCACGACAGCAAUCUUCCCAAGAUUCACCAGUUAUGGUGAUAACACUAGGCUCUGAUACAACUAGUCCUGCCAAGCCAAUUACAGUAAAUUCUUCCACUUCCCCUUUGUCAUCACCUACACAGGUCAGUUGUAAAACGUUGUAUAGCUCCCAGCCCCCUUCGACUAGUUCCCCAACAUCACCACAAAUGCAUUCAUCACAACAGUCUCCUAAACGUUCCUUACAGAUGGCUCACAAUUUUGAAAAAGUAAAUCUUGGUAGUAGCACUGUGACCACAACUGCACAUAGUCGUGGAUCUAUAGAAAACAUAUCUCUAUGUAAAAUGUCAAAUAUUCCAGGCUCUUCAAUGGUUGUGGGUCAUAGUCAAACACAUCCAAACACUAAUGUGGUGGAUCUGAGAGCCCCAAUGAGGCCGGCUCCAAUUAUAAUGACAGACCAGGGAAUGGACUUAACAUCCCUUGCCACCGAUACAAGGAGAUACUCUUUAGGAGCAGAGCACCCAUCUGGUCGACAUACAGCAGUGCAACCUCUUAUUAUGAACCUGAAUUCACAAGAGCAACCGCACAUAUCUGUAUCAACACCGACCACAGUUAGUGUCACAGUUGCAGGUUCUAUGUUUAUGUCCCAACCCAAGCAACAAGUUGUAUAUGGAGAUCCUUUGCAAAAUCGUAUGGAUUUGGGGCAGGGUGUUGGAUCAGCUGUGUGUUUAACCCAGAGCAAGCCACCAAUUACUGACCCAUCUAUUCCCAAAAUUGACGCCUGCCUGGAGAACCUGGGUAUACAACAGCAACAACUGCAGUUACAGCAACAGAAGCUCCUGCAGCAGCAACAGCUUCUUGAGCAGCAACUCCAGCAGCAUCAUCAGCAAUCCUCUUUUGCUCGUUACAAUUUAGCUAAUCAGGUCCAGCCACUGCUGAUUAAAAAAGAUCUUGUAGUGAGCCAGACAAGUAGUGCCCAGCCUGCAGUGACUGCAAGUGCCAUUUCUAGAGUAUCUCCGCUGACUUCCCCAUCAGUGUCUGGGGCUCCUUCUUCCAAUGCUCCCCAUGAAGUCUAUGCUGGAGUUGCCUUAGAGCUAAAAAACAAGCCAACAGUAAUGAACUUGUCCACAGGUAAGCCCCAUGUUAUGAUGGUGCAAUUAGAUGAAAGUAAUACAUCACAGGGAGGCACAGUUACUCAACUGGUUACGCGAGAGGAACCUCCUCCCCCACCUCAGGUUUUGGAUCUCACUGGACAGAUCAAACCAGAAAACCAAGUGGCUUGUUGUGAUGUUGUUUAUAAAUUGCCCUUUGCUGGUUCCUGUUCAGGGUCAUUCACUCAGAAGCCUACAACAGUAUCUUUAGAUAAAAAACCCAUUACUGAAACCUCUCAAGCAGCCCACCCUGCCCAUCCACCACACUACAAUAUCAGCCAACAACAACAACAACAACAACAACAACAACAACAACAACAACAACAACAACAACAACAUCAUAAUCAACAACAUCAUCCACAACAACAGCAGCAACAACAACAGCAGCAGCAAUAUCAACAACAACAACAAUACCAUCAGUCUCAAGGAGUGACAGCGGAACAUAAACCAUAUCAACAACCGACAGUCCCCUCAGGAAGAAUUCAGCCCUCCAUGUCUGAUACUAAUCUACCCUCCAUGACUGAUGCUGGUCACUAUCAGAGUAAUGCCCAAGGGGGUUUGGCAGUAGAUCUGAGCAGCGUGAAUCAGGCUUAUGAUAGUGGAUACCUUGGAAUUGGAGCACAGUAUGGAUCUUACACAGACUUGCGUCACCAAGGAGAUGUUGCAGGCCCUUCAUUACCCCUUCGCCGAUAUGGCUCCAUGUCAAAUAUCAAUUCUGACUAUACCCACACUUCACGUGACCUAACAGGACCACAGGACUCCAAUCUGGCGCAGUACAGUGCAACCACUGCCAGGGAGAUCAGUCGUAUGUGUGCAGCUCUUAACUCUGUGGACCAGUUUGGAAGCCGUUAUGGAAAUAACCCUGAACUGGUACCAUAUGGGACUGGAAGGGGUGGUCCCUUAGCUAGGCUAAACCUUCAGCAAAGCUUAGCAUCAAUAAGAGCAAAUCUACUGUAUGGCCCAGAUGGAAGGCCAACAGCAAAUGGCCAAACCCUAACAAAUCUAAUAAAUGCUAGACAAGCAAGUAUACGGGCCUUGUACCCUGCUGCUAUGAGAGGAGGUGAUGGCAUGAUAUAUUCCACCAUCAACACUCCCAUAGCCUCCACCUUGCCAAUUACCACCCAGCCUUCCUCUGUCCUUCGCCCCAUCCCUAGAGGAAUUUACAGACCUUACCCUACAGGUGUAACUGCUGUACCGUUGGCUAGCCUUACCAGGUUGCCUCAAGUGACUCCCAGAAUGCCUCUGUCCACGCAGGGACCAUAUUCCUACCCUACUCCAAACCAGUAUCCUACUUCAGCCACACCAUCAGGAAGUGUGCCUGAUGCAAGCAGCUCACACCAGGAAACUCCUAUGUACCUUGGAAAGCAGUUACAAACAACAGUUGUUGCUCAAACAGCUGCAACCCUUCCACCCAUCCAACCAGGAGCACACUUAGGGGCACAAAAUGUACCAGCAACUGGUAUACAAACCAUAUCAGAUCUACAGAUAGACCGCUCGCAACUUACCUCACAGAGUGUUACGCCCCCCUCUCAAGCUCAAGGUCAUCCUCCAACUGUUCAGCCAUUGCAGACUCAAAUGCAGCUACACCAGUUACCUACUCAAACUGAACCUUUAUCUUUGACUCAAACCCAACCUCAAGUUCAACCCCUCAGUCAACCUCAACCAUUAGUUUUGCAACAGGGUCAGCCACAAGUGACACCACACUGCACUGCCCUAGAACCAAAUUCCAAACUUUCUCCUCCCAUGGAACCCCAGAAAUCUAAGGAAGAUGAGAGACUGAGUCAGCAACAAGAGCAUGUGUUGCAGCUAGAGCGAGAGCGUGUUGAACUGGAAAAAUUACGACAGUUGCGUCUACAUGAGGAGCUUGAAAGAGACCGUAUGGAGCUUCAGCGACACAGAGAAAAAGAACAAUUAAUUGUUCAGCGUGAGAUUCAAGAGCUGCAGACAAUCAAACAGCAAGUCCUACACCAACAGCAGGCAGAGCGGGAGACACAGCUCAUUAUGCAAAGAGAACAACUGGCCCAACAGAGAAUGCAGCUUGAACAAAUUCAGUCUCUGCAGCACCAGCUUCAGCAGCAGUUGGAGGAGCAGAAAAGGCAAAAGACGGCAGCAGUAGAGGCAGCAGCUGCUACUGCAGCAGCGGAGGCAGCAGCAGCGGCAUCAGCAGUGGCGGCAGCAGCAGCAGCAGCGACAUCUGCCCAGGGUGCUAUACAAGGGGUAGUUGUUGGAGGAGGGCCCCCUCAAGGGUUCAUUAUUUGUGACCAGAGUGGUAGAGUUAUUCAACAAGAUGGACAGAGUGUUAAAUUUUGGCAGGAUGGACAAGUAGUCCAAGCCGUGGUGGCUGCUCGACCUAUUCAUAGUUCUGCCUCUGAAAUGUCAUUGAGAAGCAGUGACAAACAGGCUGAUUCCAAGAUUAUGAAAAAGCAGAAUUCCAUGCCUCGGCUGAGGGAUGGCUCAGAGGAGGACGCUGUGAAGAGAAUUACAGACAGUUGUGUGCAAACAGAUGAUGAAGAUGGAGAGGACAGAUUCAUGAACAGGCGCAGGAGAACAAGGCGUAUUGCGGACUGCAGUGUGCAGACCGAUGAGGAGGACCAAGGAGAUUGGGACCAGCAGCCAGUGAGGCGCAGGCGAUCACGUGUAUCAAAGCACUCUGAGUCCAGUGGUGAGGCUAAACCAGAAGGGUCCUCUAAAGUGGCUUCUGCAAGUAUAGCUAUUCAGACCACAAAUGAUUCAUCAUGCCAAACAGAGCCUGACCAACUUAGCAGGAUUUCGCCUGCUAUCCACAUUACCAUGGCAGAGACCUCAAAGGUUGAUUUAUUACAUUACAUAGCGGCCCCUGAAAGGACCCACAAAGGAGAGAGUCUGGCUUGCCAGACAGAACCAGAGUCUCAGUCUCAGGGUGUGGUUGUCCCCCAGCUGAGUGUCCCUACAACUAUUAGUCCGUACUCCACAAGUCUGCAUAUAGUAGGUGCAAACACAACUGAACCAACCUCUCCUCGACUUCAAGGAGUUGCAAAAUUUGAGAGGAGAAAACCAGACCCCUUGGAAAUUGGCUAUCAACAAAAUGAGUCUCCUUCUCGCCAGCCCCCCAAAUCUCCCCAGGUGCUAUACUCCCCUGUAUCUCCAUUGUCUCCUCAUCGCAUGCUGGAGACAACAUUUGCUUCCCAGGAGAAACUUAACAAGGCCCACGUUACACCCCAGCAGAAGGCCUUUACUGCCGAAUCACCCCAGCGCCACCAGACCCUUCCAAGACCCAUAAAAAGUGUGCAGCGCUCCAUGUCAGAUCCCAAGCCUCUCAGCCCCACAUCAGAUGACCCUGCCAAGAACAGGUUCUCCCCAUAUCAUCAACAAGCUAUGUCCAACAGUCAGAUGGCCUCCCUGCAGCAGCAGCAGAACUCUCUGAUGAGGAAAAUAAAGAGGACUCUCCCCAGCCCCCCUCCAGAUGAGACUUCGCUCCCUAUUGUUACUCCAGCACAAAUGUACAGCUCUCCUGGCAUGCCCCAGAGGGUCCUACCCAGACCUGCCCAGGGAGUCACCAAGGCUGGCCUACUGAGUGAACUGAAAGCUGUGGAACAAGAGUCAUCAAAGCUCCGUAAGCAGCAGGCUGAACUGGAGGAAGAAGAGAAAGAGAUAGAUGCCAAGCUACGUUACUUGGAGCUAGGCAUCACCCAACGUAAGGAGACCAUGGUGAAGGACAGGGAGAGGAGAGAGCUGGCUUACUUGAGAUGUAUGGGUGAUGCUCGGGACUACAUGUCUGACAGUGAGCUCAAUAAUCUCAGACUGGUAGCUGCAACAGGAACUUUUGAUGCUAAUGGUCUGCUGACAAGGCCCAGCACUGCACCAUUGAGCCAAUUUUCAAAUGAUCUUAAUGUAAGCUCCCAGUAUCCCUCAACAUCAUCAUAUUUGUCUUAUCCAUACCCUCAAAGUCAACCCUCAACACACCAACCAGGGUCUGCUUACCAACAGAUAGGUUUCCAACCUCCUCAGUACCCUUCAUCUUCUGCACCCCAGCCAGGAACAUUCCAGCCCCAUCCCCCACCAGGCCCAGGCUACCAGAACCAGGGAACCUAUUCCAAUCGCAUGUAUUCCCAGUCUUCCUACCAGACAGACCUUGGCAUUCAGCAGCAUGGUCACCAAGGCUUCCAUCCACCUGGUCAGCCUAUGCCAAACCAGAGCCUUCCUUACCCUAGCCCCUAUCAACCUGGUCUCUCCUAUCAGCCCCAGGCAGAGAUCCUUACAGUCCAUCAAAGACCACGGCAAACCUCUUUGGCUGACCUUGAGCAAAAACUCCCUACCAACUAUGAAGUCAUCAGCAACCCAGCUGUGUCAGUGGCCACAUCAGCUCCAGAUACCAACUUUGGCUCAGUCUACAGCAAUACUUAUGGACAGUACCGCCCCCCAGAGCCCGGGUUGACUCACUCUGUGGAAAGUCCCACCUCUGCUUAUGCUUCAGAUGGAGUCUACACUUCUAACCUGGAGCAGAAUAUUCCUAGGAACUAUGUCAUGAUUGAUGACAUCAGUGAGUUGACAAAAGACAACACCAGCCAAGCUACUGAUGCUCUAAGCCAUCCUGUGGGAGGGCGGUAUCGCAGUGAGAAUGGCCCUGCACGUGGAAGUGCCUACAGUAGGCCUGAAGAUGAACCUUUGGAUGCUUAUGGCAGACCUACAGGAACAACAGGGUACCAGGGUGCAGUGGACAGUCGCACCAGCACCACAGGAAGUGGAGGUUCAUCCUAUUACUAUGAUGAUUAUAAACAACCAUCACGGAGCAGCUCCAGUGGCCACAAACUUGCACCCAAGAAUCUCGCCCCUGCAGUAGUCUCCUCUAAACGUAGUAAGCACAGGAAGCAGGGAAUGGAGCAGAAGAUUUCUAAAUUCUCCCCUAUUGAGGAAGCACGGGAUGUAGAGUCUGACCUUGCCUCUUACACAAUGACCACAUCAACAGGAGGCAGCUGUACAGUUGUGUCCAGAUCCAAGAAGCUUCAGGAUGAUGUCACCUACGGAGUGAAGAAGAAUGCAUAUGACCAGCAGAAAUAUUACGGCACCAGUCGUGAAGGUCUUGAGGAGGAGGACCGCAUGUACAGCUCUGGUAGGUCCAGGUCUACUGGAUAUGGUAUGGACAAGAUUUCCUCCAGAGAUGCCACAGGCCACAGAAGUAAAUCCUAUGAGAGGGAUGCCAUGGAGCGGUCUCAAAGAAGCAGCCGCAGUGGAAGGCCUCCCAUGCGCAGCCAGAAUUCAGAAGAGGAGAGUCCACUCAGUCCUGUUGGGAAGCCUGUAGGCAUUGGAAGAAGCUCUGGCAUACCAGAUGCCCAUGAUGCGAGGAAUCAGUAUGGCUCCAGCCAUUCGUUGCCAGAUGUGCAGGACCAUCACAAGAAGGACCUGCCCAGAAGUCAUGUAUAUAAACCAGAUGACCCUUACCUUGUAGAUGACAUGCACUGUGCUGUUUCUGACAGUGAAGCCUAUCAUUUGGGCCAAGAGGAGACUGAUUGGUUUGAGAAGCCACGGGAGGCCCGUUCUGAUCGCUCAAGACAUCAUGGAGGUGGAGGUCACUCAUCCACUGGCAGGCGUAGUAAACAAACCUACCAUGAUUAUGAUGAACCUCCAGAGGAAUACUGCCCCCAGGAUGAGUACAACCAACAGCGCCACUCCUCCUCCACAACAACACGGGAUCACCGUCAUCAUGGCAGCAGCUCUAGCAGACACAGCUCUUCUCGCCACACUUCAGAGGAUCCCAGGUCGUCCCGUUCCUCCAGGACACACCCCAAAGACCCAUCUGUCCGUUCUGAUGGCAGAGGCUCCUCAUCUACACAAAGAAGGGGUGGUCUAGACUCCCGUUCUAGCCAGGGAAGCCCCCGGAACUCAGGCGACUUCUCUCGAGACUCAGCCUCUGGUCAUCACCCAGGGACUGGGGGACGGAGCCAGAGACCCCAAGGAGAUCGCACAACGUCCAGAAGGCAGGAGCCCUCUGCAGCAGGGUCUAAACCACAGCAGCAGCAGCAGCUCUCUCAGGGCCAUGCUGGGCAGCAGCCCUCUCAGAGCCAUGCUGGGCAGCAGCCCUCUCAGAGCCAUGCUGGGCAGCAGCCCUCUCAGGUCCAUGCUGGGCAGCAGCUCUCUCAAGGCCAUGCUGGGCAGCAGCGGUCAGGUGUUCAGGGCCAGUCUGGUAGACAUUCAGGCUCUGAACCACUUGAUGGUAACCAACAGGCCCAGCAGCAGCAGCAGCAGCAGCAGCAGCAGCAGCAGCAGCAGCAGCAGCAGCAGCGCAGCCAGCAACCAUCUCAGCCGCACAGCCAGACCCCUCAGAGCAGCCAGCCAACAACCACUGCAGGAGCUGGAUUGGCACAGCAGCAGCCCAAAUCUGGCCAAGCCCCGCCACAGGGACGCCAACCAGGAGUAGGGUCUGCAGCAGGGCAGCCAGCCCUCACAGCGACAAAAAUGGAUGCUACACCUGCAGCAGCAACAACAGGAAUUAAACCUACAACAGGAGUCACAACAGCACCUCAGCCUACCAAAAUAGCUACUCCUCCUCUUACAGGCAUUGGCUCCAAGGCCGCCCCCGUUGGAAUCGGUAGCAAACCUGUAGGUAUAGGAAGCGCUGCACCAGGACAGGCACCUGCUGAAGGGGAUAAUGUUCUCACUAAAAUCCUGCAAGGAGGGGCAGCAGAGCAGGCGGGAAAACUGGGAGACGCUCUGUCUGGCCUUGGAAAGAAGUUCACUUCCUUUUGGUGAACUUAUAAAGGAAGGAUAUGCAGAGUUGAAAUGAGAUGGAUUGGAAGCUAUGUACUUGAAAAACCUAUGAAACUGCAUUACAUACAUUUCACAUACACAGAGGAAAUAAAGGAAGAGAGAUCCUGAGUGCAUCAAGCUGGAAUUAAAGGAUGCCUUGUCAGCACUGAAUUCCCUAGACAUGGGCACUCGAUUGAAGUGAAUUAAAUAAGGGUGAUUGCUUCGUCAGCACGGUGUUACAAAACAUCAGCAGAGAGCUGAAGAGACCUGAAAGAGGACAACAACGUUAAUAAUGAGGCUGUGGAGACGCGGGGGAGAGUGUCCCCCUUACCCUCAUCCUCCUAGAAGGCCUUCUGGGAUCUGUGUGACAGUAAAAAGCCAGCUAACUAAGUGCUCCUGGAUAUUAUAUGAGAAAUUCAGCGUGUUUGGCCAUGCAUGUCCCUUUUUUCAAACAGCUCAAUAAAGGAAGCCUCUCAGCGCCCUCUAUUGGAAUUUUAAUGGAACACUACUCAUGUCUGGGGAAUACAAAUCUGGCAAGGAUAUUUUAUUCUACAUUGAUGUCUUCACAGCCUUUUCAUGCAAAACACAGUGGAAAAAAAGAAGAGAGAUUUUCAUAGGUUUUUCUUGUAUCAAAGAUCUUAUAUCCACAAUGGUGUCACAUACCUGGAGUAGACGAGGUGUAUCAUGGCAAUGACAACCAACCUGAUGACUCCAAUACAAUCCUUGAAUACUUGGUUUCUCUAAUCUCUACAGUACAUUCCAGUAAAGGGAAUUUUACCCUUUCUUUGAAUGUGUUUUUAUUUCUCCUCUUUUUGUUUUAAUGUCUACAGAAUGCAUUGUGAAAAUGUGGACAUGCGAAUGCACACACAAAAUUAUUUGAAAACUGAAAAAAGAGGCAUUUGAAUACUUUAUUACCACCUUUGAGAUGCCACUAGUCAUCAGCUGUAGUUUUUUAGGGAAAGAAAGUACUACCAGUGUGCCCACAAAUGUGAGAUUCACACAGAUGAGAGGACCAAAUGAAAGAGUGGCCACGGCUUGAUUAGCCAUCGCAAAGCCAUUAUUAUAGUCAGCUCAACACUCUGGGGCUGACUAUAAAAAGGAUAAAGCCCCAGAGAGGGCUUUAUCCUUUUUAUUGAUUUGUCUCAUCUUUUAGUUUCUUUUCAUUUUUGCCUGAUAUUCACUGAAUGAAAGAGCCUUAUUCAGUACAUGAUUUCACUUGUAUACCUCAUAUGUUUUAAAAUGUCCAUGUCAUAAUGCAUUCUUUUUACACAACUGUAUACUAUUGUAUGUACAUAAAAACAAAUCAGAGAUCUAAUUAUGUAAAUCUUUCAUUUGUGUAUUUAUGGAAUCACUUUCCAGUGUUUUUUGUUCUGUGUUUUUCUUUGGUAAAACUUUAUAUUUUUCACUUUUUAUUUGUUUGAAUCUGUUUUCUUGCAUCAAAUAAUUUGCUUGUUGUUUUUUAAAAGCAAUAGCAUGCAGAAAAUGGUAUAUAGCACAAUCGUAUAAAUGUUGUUUAAAUUAGUGAUGGGAAAUAUCAAACACUUAUGUCAAUAAAUAUCUGUAAUACAAUUUGUCAGCGGGUUUACAACCACAGUACCGUGUUCAGAUGUGCAUGUUAUGUGCAGAUGCAUAAGAGCAUGCAGACAGGUACAAACACACUCACACAGACUCUCCCUAUCUCUCUGCAACCACCCCCCCACACACACACACACACACAAGCACAGGCACACAUGUUUUACACAUCACACACUUUACAUCAUAGUUACAUUUCAGAGCCAACAAGGUUAAUUGUGUUCUCCACAGAAUAGGCCUGUUAGCCUCCUGCUAAUUAAUAAGGUUACCAAUUUACCAAUAAGAUGAACUCACUAACAAGUUGGGCCCACUGCCUGUAAUUGUACACACACACACACACACACACACACACACACACACACACACACACACACACACACACACACACACACACACACACACACACACACACACACACACAGAUAUAGGAGAGGAUGAAAGCAAUUAUCAAUUCAAAUGUUCUAUGCAAUGACUCAUUCUGAACCUGGAAGUGAUUCUGCCUAAACAGGUUGUUAUCAUCACUGUAUUCACCAGAAAACAACAAAAUUAUUAAUUAAAAUAGUAAAAAAAGAAAGAUAAAAAAGGUCAUUAAAUUGUUUUUACUUAGCAACUUGUCUGUAUGAAUUUGAAUAUUGAAUAUCAAACUAGAAUUGUUUUUAUUUUCGUGGCAUGUUUUGACCCCUCACUCCCAACACGGGGGACUCGUUGCCAAAGGGUAAACUGUGUAGACUUUAGGUUUUGAAUGUCCACCAUCAUGUUGCUUUGAAGCAUGGGUUUGCUUGGCUUUGUCUGGCUGUUUGUAAGCCCUCAUUCAGUUUUUGUGCGUUUUGGCUGACCUGGGCUCCUCAGUGUUUGGCUUGCAGUGACUGUCCAUGCUGCUAUAAACCUGUGAUACAGAUGGUCAGCACUUCUCAUUAAUACUUGUCAAUGUACAUAUUGGGUGUCAGUAUAACCUGUGGGGUGAAUGGAAUGCUUCUAUUGGAUAUUUCAUUGUUGAUUAAACCACUCAGCAGCCAAGCCAUUGGAAAAGUGCAUGAUUAGAUCUUAUAUUCUUGGAAGUUGUACCUGAAAUAAAAAAGGGUAAGGCAUGAUUCACCAAGGUUUGCCUAAUGAACCUUGACUUUCACAGGCCAAUGUAGAGAAUAUUGAUGAGUAAAAUGUUCAGCCUGUCAUUCACAAAUCAGGGCAUGUCAUUUUGAAAGCACAAGCCUGACUGGUAGCACUUGCUGCUGGAUUAAAUGCAGAAAUAUGGAGGUUGUGUAACAGUGCCUCCCACUGAACAGUGUAAGAUCUAUGUAAAAGUGAGGUGGAGAUGCUAUCUGGUCAAUGUGAGGUGCACAAGACAAAACUGCCUAAAGUGCAGCCAUCUGAUUGACAGAAAGGCAGACAGACACACAUACUUACUGUAAAUAGGGAUUCAUUCUUCUGUACAGCUUUUGAGUUUUGAGUACGGCUGUCAUGUGCAUCCCAAUGCCGUAUUUGCUGCCAACUUUUGUGUAUAAAAAGAAAAUUUAUUACCACAAUAAUGAUGAUGAUGAGGAAACUAAUGAUGAUGAUGAUGACGAUGAUUAUUAUUAUUAUUAUUAUUAUUAUUGCAUAAGCAUAGUGUAUGUGGCUGACUUGUAUUGACUGUUUACAACAGUGGAACAAAACCCGUAUUCAGAAACAUGUCCAGUUUGUGUAUAGUUUCUAUACAUAUUGUGUUUGUGGAACAAAAAGAAAGAACCUCCUCAGCAAUUGCAGAGUAGAAUGCCUUUGUCAGACUAUCAGGAGGUCUUCGAUUUGAUGGAUAUGAUCUGCACGGUGAUGAGGGUAAGGGAAAAAAAUUUAAAUAAAAAAUCUGGAAAAUGUCAUUCACUGUUGUAAGUGCAAUGGGCAAAACGUCAGUCGUGUAUCCAUUGUGAAACCUUGUGUUCUAUUCAGUGUAUUCCUGUAAACAGAUAAAGAGUAAAUUUUGGUGCAUCAUGUCAAGUAAUGUGAUUAAUGAAAAUAUUGACCCUGCAAUUUCCAAACAGAGAGAAGAAUAAAAAGAAAAGGAAUA